AUGCACCUCCGCACAGGAACCGACAAGCAGGUGCAAAACGAAUUGGACGAAGCAGUCGAAGCAAAAGUCAAUCAAUUGGAUCACAGCGAAUCUGCUCUGCUCGAGCCUCAAGCGCCCUAUACGCCCGUCGAGACACCCAUCAGCGACAUCAUCUAUCACUUUUUGCGCUACUGCGCAGAGAGACACAAGGUGUGGCACCGCAAAGAGGUGCUCAACCAGGCCAAACCUUGGACCGACGAUCCCAUCAUACCAGAGGGACGUUACGGAAACGUGUUCAGACAGCUCGACCGCGGAAGCAUCGCGAUGCAGCAAGACGUGAUCAGCAAGGGAGACCAGUCGCACGAAGAGAUUUGCUUCAGAAUCUUUUUGAACAAUGCGUUUUGCAAUCGCCGUACUUGGAACAGGUGGGAGGUGGAGCUGGACGAGGUGCCGUCGCUGAAGAAUUUCGAUGUCAAGCGAUACUCUCAGAUACUGGAUCCCAUCGUUGCGCGAGGAGACAUCAUCUACUCUAGCGAAUUUCAAAUGGUUCCGCCGCGUCACUUCUUUGGCGCUACUAGCAGCACGAUGAGCGGCCACACUGCUUCGCUCAAGAUGGUGCAAGUCAUGCUCGAAGUGGACCUGGCCGGCAGGCUAAAAGAGUGCAAGUACCUCUGCGACGCGUCGGCUUUGGUGCAGAGCAUCCCGGGCAUGGGUGGAUUCCUCUCCAUGAACCUCGUCAUGGACCUCAUCAAAUCCCCCACGCUCAAGUUGGCAGCUAGAGACUUUGCUUCGUGCGGUCCGGGAUCGCGCGAGGGUCUGCGAAGAAUCUUUGGACCUCCCAUCAAUAGCACCAUCAUGGACAAUGCUGCGCUGCGAUGGCUGGAACGCAACCAGUGGAAGUAUUGGGCUCGACUGGGUGAAGCGCCGCCUCAUGCGCCCGGCUUGCGACCUGGCUUGCGAGUAUUGGAUUUCGAGAAUGCUCUUUGUGAGUUUCUUGUCGCGACUCUUGUUGCUGCCAUUGAGUUUUGCCGCUGA